UAACGUUGGUUCAGAAAAAAUGGUCGGCAAUGUACUUCCGGAACACGACUGAUGUGAAUAAUGUUAUGAUUAACAAGAAAUAAGCAUAUUCUUCGUUUCAUUUGGUGUCAUGGAUAGUAUGGAAGACAGCGGAUUUGAUAGUGACCAAAAAUCAAUGCUCAACGGAAGUUCGGAACCACAGAGUACCAAAUCUUCCUCAUCAAAGUCACCCGCCAGUUACUCAGAUGCCAAGACACAGAGUAAUGCCCACAGAAAAUCUUCACAGCUCCAGAAAAAGAUUGAGCGACACCGAGAAAAUGCUAGGAGGGCUAAAGUUAUUAAUCAACAGCCAAGCAAAAAUACUUUUAUGAUGCCAAGAAGCCGACUGAUGCUUCCUCCUAGAUCAGAUGCCCAGCCAAGACCUCUUGACCAGCAACCAUUGGUAGCCAUAAUGACUGACGAUGAGAGCGAUGAUGAUGAUGAUUUUGAGUCUCCGAUGAUAUCACGAGGUGCUAACAAAGACAUUACCCAGCAGUUAAUUAAGGACGGCUAUAAUCUUGACCUUGAACCUGAUGACGAGGACCUUGAUCUAAUUCCUCCACGACCUAUGAAUGAACGAUGUGUGUGUUGUCAGAAUUAUACGGGAACAUGUUCUAUACAGUGAUUAAAGUGUGCCAAGUUGGGAUAGGAAUAUUAAAGUCAACUGUGAAGAGGAUCAUCUGAAAAAACAAGGGAGACAUAUAUUUUUGUUGCACAAAUUAUACAGUAACAGAGCUUUACUUGUAAAGGAGAAAUUGUUGUAUAUUUGGUCAUGUGUAUAUGAAAUGAACAGAAUUAAGCAUUUAAAAUAGAAACUUGAUAUACAAACACAAAUUUGGUAGAAAACUAUGACAUAAGAUUGUAUUGGUACAUACCGUACACAUGUUUAUGUUAGUUGCUAAUCAAUUAUUUGUAUAUUUUCAUUUUUAUUUUUGCUUAUUGUUAGCUUUCAUAGUCUGAAGAUUCAAGGUGAGCUUAUGUCAAAUUACAAUGUCCGUUGUCUAUCAACAAUUGAUGUAAAAGACAUCUCCUGAACUGCUUUGCUAACUACCCAGAAGCAAGGGGCCUGCAUAGUGGCAAGAUUAAUGGUACACAAGAUUUUAACAUUAUUGCUUUAAAUGAGAAUUUUGCUGGCUGAAUUUCAAUUACCAUUGGCUGAGAAUUCUAAACUUUCAUUGACUUCCAACAGGUCAAUUUAGCCAAAUUGAUACAAAUAUUCUUUGCUUUGUCCAUAUUAAAUUGAGUUUUGUUAUUGUUAUUGGUUGGGACCUUGGUAGUUCCAAUAUGGCCACCAUGUUCUCAAUUGACAAAAACGUUUUUUCGAAUAUUGUCUUGUUAGAUAACAAAUAAAAACAGAUGAGCGAUUCAGGUCCCAUGGGCCUCUUGUUUGGUAUGGAGCCCAGUGUAUAUACAAUGUAUAAGCUUUUUAUUGUUUUAAUUUUCAAGCUCAUUCCAUGAUGAAUAUUAUAUCAUCAUGGACUUUCAUGAACCUGUAUUUAUAUGGAUCUCUUCUGGCUAAUGUAUGAACAUUAUGGUAUUGGUGUAUUAUUUCUCAUAAGGAUUAUAAGUAUAAAAUUUAUUCCUGCAAUUUUUGGUUGUCUAACAGACCAUUGGAGAAAUUGGAAAAUUGUGCAAUUUUUUUUUAUUUCUUUGUUUUAAAAUCAUGUGUUUAAAUAUAAUUAAUCAAUAUCAUUUGGCAUGUUUUGUUUACCCUGAAGGAUUUUCCCUGGAGUUUUUUCCUAUCGCUUUAAGGCAUUAGAUCUGAUGGGCUAUCGCUAUAAGGUAUUAGAUCUGAUGGGCUAUCGCUUUAAGGCAUUAGAUCUGAUGGGCUAUCGCUAUAAGGCAUUAGAUCUGAUGGGCUAUUACACUGUAUCUCAAAUCAUUAUUUGCAAUUUUAUUUAGAAGUAGUUUUCUUCACCUUCAUGGGUUUUUGUUUUUUAUUUGUUAAUUUGAUUUUCUCUAGUAAUGCAUGAAUGAGUAUCAAUUGUAUUCAUUCAAAAAUGUGUUCAUGUAACUGCUUUUAGCUGUUGCUUAGUAAAUAUAAGUGAAAAAUGCUGUCCCUAUUUCUACAAAAUUGAAUGAUAGUAUUUGUAAACCAUGUGUCCUGUUGUAGUACAUGUAUACCUAUGUUUUUUCUAUUUAUACUAAACAUU